AGCGGCACCAGACACAGCGCUAUCAUCAAAUCAACCGUCCUCAUCCAACUUGCUCGCUACCUUCGGGAAAAAAAAAAACAACAACACAAAGCCGCAGACGACGGCGGCAGGGACGCCCGGCCCCCGCCCGCCCCGCCGGCUCUUCUCCUCCCGAGGGCGAGCCGGACGCCGCUCCCCACCGCCCAUCCGCGCAAACGGAGCGUCUCCCGCAUCAACGCCGCAGCCCCCGAGCUGCGGGUACGCGGAGGCCGAAGACCGACCCGCGCGACUCAGCGGGAGCCCGAGACGCGACGCGACGCGACGCGACGCGGCGCGGCCCCACCCUCCCCCGGCACCACCGCGACGGGACGGCGCUCCGCGGAGUGCGGGCCCCGGAGCCUCACCAGGGGAAGGCCGCCAUCUUGCCCCAGUCACGUGCCGCCUGUUCUCACGUGCCGGCUGUCACGUGCCGCCGCCAGGCCGCCACUUCCGCCGCUACUUCCGCCCCGCCUGGGGCUCGGCGCUUCCGGGGUAUCGCGGCGGAGCUGUGGUGCGGCGGUGCGGCCGCGGGGCGAGUGCCCGGUGCCCGGCCCGCAGUGUGCAUUGAUACGGGCUGCUAUAGCGAUACCGAUCGGUAGAUUAGUGUCAGGACCGAUAUGUUAUGUUUGCAAAGGGAAUCAGUGAGCGCUAGUUCUAAAACUUGCCGGUUAUGCUUUGCUUGAUGUGCAGACAGCCUUGUGUCUCUCAACUAUCCUGCUUCGCAGAAGCCCUGGGGAGUCGCGAUAGACUCUUAUCUUUGCAUCCACGCAAGGACUUUUUUCUUGGAUUUCACGUGGGUUAUAUAUAACGCGCCAAGAUAGAAAGUUGCUCGUUAUGGCAUAACAAGCAAUGGAAAUUUGCCAAAAGGGAGAAAAACAGCUCAAGGUCAGGGAAAAAGUCACUGUGAUGAAGCUGAAGGAGAAAUAAAGCAGAGGAAACAGGGCAUGCAGGGCUUUGGAUGCAGCUGUGCGUGCCCAGAAGGAGACGAGCUUAUACUGAGCUCUUGGAAAAGAGUGAAUAUGCAUGCCAAUAGUUACAUAUCUAUGCCUUAAUUGUAAGUGUAGAACCUGAACUGCGAGAGCACAUCCUUGAUUUAUCAAGUUGCCUGGUACACGUCGUGAGGAAUAAAGGAAUGUUGGUUUUCUAACACCACGUUGAAGUUAGAGAGUUUUCUUCCCAUAUUUUGCAUGACAACAUCACGAGGUUGUUCAUCUUGGAGGAACAGUUAACAGUUAGUUCUUUUUAGAGACUGCAUGUUUGUUGUGCAGCGUGUUCAAGCAAAAAACAAGAUGGGGAAAAACGAGAGUGCAAAAGUAAAUGUACUCUUACAAUGAUGUUACGGUGCCAUGCAAAAUAAAGUCAGAUAAUAUUAAAGAUGUAUAAAUAAGCAUAUCAAGAACAAAAGCAAAUCUGGCACUUGACAAGAGAAAAGCCUCAUGAAGCAAAACAAGGAUAAGAACUAGGUUGGACGGUCACAGCCAGAGUUGUCAGUGGCUCUGUGUCCAAGUGGGGGCUGGUCACAAGUGGUGUCUCCCAUGGGUCCAUCUUGGGACCGGUGCUCUUCGACAUCUUAAUUGUUGACUGUGGCGAGUUACUAGGUGGGGUCGAACUGCUGCAAUGAUGGCAUGGGGUGGGGGAUGGCUGCAGGGCUGCAGGACAGGCAUCCUUCCAGUCUGCGAUUCUGUGAUUCUGGGACUGAAUCUGCCCAAAGGUCCAUCCACAGAUCAGAAAGGCCUGCCCUGGCCCAUCAGUUGUUGUGAAAUCCUAUGGGGCUGGGCAGAGACAGAGGGGCUGCAGUGCCUCCAUCUGCUAUGGCCCAUCAGUG